AUGCAGCUUGUUGGAUCAAAGGCGUCGCAACGCCUUGAUGAGAUAGGCGAGGGAAGCGUCACUCUACUCCCCGUAGAGCCAGAGGAUAUGUGGCACGCAAACAAUCUAAUAGGACCCCAAGAUGUCGUCAAGGCGCAUGCGAUUAGAAAAGUGACGACAGAAACAAAGACCGGCAGUACAAUUUCAGAGAGGGUACAUACCGAUCUCACGAUACGAGUCACUUCGACCUUCUUCGACCCAGGCGCGUCGCAAUUACAUGUAUCAGGCACUGUAAUUGUCGAGAACAACUUUGUCAGCCUCGGACAGUACCACACGCUUGACCUCGAGCUGAACCGACCCUUCACCUUAUGGAAAAACUACGGCUGGGAUUCGGUAGCAAAAGAAACGCUCGCAGAUGCGCUGAAACAGGACAAGGAGGGCGCCGUGGCGGCUGUUGUGAUGCAGGAGGGCAUCGCGAAUAUCUGCCUAAUCACCGAAUACCGCACUAUACUCAAACAAAGGGUAGAUAGCACGAUACCUAAGAAGAGAUCGAGUAGCUCAGAACAGGACUCGGGAAUGAAGCGAUUCUUUGAAAAGACCUUGAGCACCUUAAUGCGCAGUAUAGACUUCUCGAUCCCUCGACCGCUACUACUUGCUAGUCCCGGGUUUGUCGCGAGUGAUUUUAAAAAGUACAUAUCGGAUGAAGGUGCCCGAAGGACUGACAAAACAAUGAUGGCUAUGGCUAAAGAGGCGACGGUAGUACAUUCAAGUUCUGGGCACCUACACAGCCUAAACGAAAUACUCAAAAGCCCCGAGGUCACGGCAACUAUGAAGGAUAUGAAGUUCUCCAAGGAGACGAGAUUUAUGGACGAUUUCUAUGACAAGUUACGAAAAGACGAUGGCCGGGCCUGGUACGGUACGGCACCGGUUGAGAAGGCCGUCCGGGAGGGUGCCGUUGGUAGAGGAGGUGGUGUCUUAUUGAUCAAUAAUUCAUUAUUCCGAAGUAUGGAUAUCGCAACAAGGAGAAGAUAUGUGGCCAUGGUUGAUAAAGUAAAAGAAGACGGAGGAGAGGCCAGGAUACUUAGUAGUGAUCAUGAGAGCGGACAACGAUUAGAUGCUUUAGGAGGUAUCGCUGCUAUACUUACAUACCCUAUGCUAGAUCUAGACGAAGACGACGAAGCAGAUGCUGAUGGAAAUGCUGAGACGGAGGAGAACAUGAUAAUAUGA